AUGUUUUUAUCACAUGAGAAAAGAACCUAUAUAUCCACAUCAUCCGAACAAACAGUAGAGAAUGGAAAUAGUGCCUCAAUAGAAAAGAUGGAUAUGAAAAGAGAAAUAAAUUCCUUAUCUUCAUCAUCUUCACCAUCUAAAGAUGAACAAGAACCAAUAACAGUAUCUGCAUCUGCUGAUACUUCAGUAGUAGGAAUAGGGCCAACAACGGCAGUUACGGGUUUACGUCAUCGACCGCAAUUUUCUUUUAUUGCUGAUCCUCAUAAUCGUCCUGCACAAGAUGCAUUGUCUGUUCACAUUGUACCGAAUAACACACCAAAGCCAUUACUUCCUAUGUGGUCAUCCAGUUUAACCUCACCGCUAUUAGAGAAGCAACAAAUUCGUGUUGAGAAUUGGAUUUCUACAGAUUCUAUGGGAACUAUUCCAGAAGAGCAAGUGAUAGAAUUCAUCACAUGGCUACGUGAUAGACUAAAGGAUAAUGUAUGUUCAGCUUUAUUUAAACAAUUAGAAGAGAAUAUUGAAUUUAGUCUGAGAUGUCAAUAUACACGAGGAUUAAUCGCACGUAAAGGAUUUAAUACUGGUGAAGUUAUUUUUGCCAUUCCUCUUAGUGAUGUAUCAUUAAAUCAGCAACAGGAACAUCAAGAGAAAAAUAUUAAUAAUAUAUCUCAUUCAUCCUUAUGGGGUUUGGUAUUAAAUUCUGAAACACUUGAACGUCAUUCAAUAGCAGCACAAAGUCGUGGAGCUCCAUCCUUUGAUACGAUUGAGGCAAUAAUGAAUAAAAGAAAGUCUAGUUUAGAUCCAAUACCACAUCCAUUGUUUAUAGAUCAAGUGUAUAUGGCAGUACUACUCGCCUGUGAAAAGGCAGAGGGAACAUACAGUCCACUCUAUCCAUAUUUACAUCUUCUCGCUCCAUUUGAUGAUGAUAUCAUUCGUGAACUUCACAAUGGUGUGCUUGACCCACCGACGCAUCUUGAAUAUAAUGAUCAUUGUAAUCGAUUUAUGCAUUACUUGCGGCAAAUUCACACGGUAUGGUUAGAAUCUUAUGAGAUCUCCUGUCGUAUUAAAGAGAAUUGUCAAACAUCUACUCAACAUAAAGAUAAAGAAGGGGCAGAGAAAUGUGAAAAAAACAAUGGAAGUAAGUUAUCUCCAGAGAAUGAGAUGACAAGUGGACGACUAGAACCUCCUUCUAUGGAAGAUUUAAAUUGGGCUUUCCGUGUUGUCAUUUCCCGUCAACAUCUUCUUCCUGUACGACAAGAGACGGAUUAUAUUAAUAGCAUCUGUACAGAAGAUAAACGUAUGCAAAAAGUAGAAGAUGUCUGGACACGUAUCGUAACAAAAUUACGUUGGACUUUUAUGGAUCGUGUAUUUGGUGCUGUGGAUCACAAGCGCCUGCAUGUGAAUGACUUUAAUCCACAUAUGAUUCCUACUGUAAUUCCUGUAUUAGACAUGUUACAACAUCCUCCAGGAGGUGUAGCGAACACCACUGUAAGUGUGGAAUACAUCUCUGCAAAUACUAUGGAAACUCAUACAAUUAUAAAUAAGGAAGAAGACUCCGAAAGUGAUGGGAAGGAAUCUUCUUCUUCUAAUGAUGAUGAUGAUGAUAAUAGUAUACCGUGUGUGGUGGUACGUGCAAGCUGUAAAGUUGAGGAAGGGGAUGAGUUAACAUUACUGUUCCCUCGCUGUUAUUCUCUCUCCUACACAUUAUAUCGAUUU